AUGACCCUCUCCGGCGGCGGCAGCGCAGGCGACAUGUCCGGCCAGACCGUGCUGACGGCCGACGACGUGGACAUCGAUGUGGUGGGCGAGGGCGACGACGGCCCGGACGGGGGCAAGGACAGCGACGCGGGCUGCUGCGACAGCCCCGCGGGGCCGCCGGAGCCGCGCCUGGACGAGGCGGACGACGGGCCGCCGCCGGCCACCCAUCCUCCCCAUCCCCAUCCUCCCCAUCCCCGCGCCCAGCCUCAGCCUCCGGCCCCGUCGCUGCCCGCCGAGGUGGGCCCGGGAGUCGAACCGGCGGGAGCCCCGGAGGCCGACGGCUGCAAGGGCGGCGGCGAGGACGCGGGGCCCGGCGGCGGCGGCGGCGCGGCGGCGGGGCUGGCGCCCAGCAAGCCCAAGAACAGCCUGGUGAAGCCGCCCUACUCGUACAUCGCGCUCAUCACCAUGGCCAUCCUGCAGAGCCCGCAGAAGAAGCUCACCCUGAGCGGCAUCUGCGAGUUCAUCAGCAACCGCUUCCCCUACUACCGCGAGAAGUUCCCGGCCUGGCAGAACAGCAUCCGCCACAACCUGUCCCUCAACGACUGCUUCGUCAAGAUCCCCCGCGAGCCGGGCAACCCGGGCAAGGGGAACUACUGGACCCUGGACCCGCAGUCCGAGGACAUGUUCGACAACGGCAGCUUCCUGCGCCGCCGGAAGCGCUUCAAGCGCCACCAGCAGGAGCACCUGCGCGAGCAGACGGCGCUCAUGAUGCAGAGCUUCGGGGCCUACGGGCUGGCGGCGGCGGCGGCGGGCGCGGCGGGGCCCUACGGCCGCCCCUACGGCCUGCACCCCGCGGCGGCGGCGGCGGCCAACAGCCUGGGGGCGGCCGCCGCCGCCGCCGCCGCCUCGUCCUCGUCGUCGUCGUCCUCGUCGUCGGCCGCCGCCGCCGCCGCCGCCUCCGGCGCGCCGGGCGCCACGUCGCUCGUCAAGUCCGAGCCCAGCCCGCGGCCGUCGUUCAGCAUCGAGAACAUCAUCGGCGCGGGCCCCGCGGGCCCCGGGGGCUCGGCCGGGGGCGCCGGCGGCGGCGGCGGGGUCGCCGCCCCCCAGUCCUUCCUGCGGCCGCCCGGGACCGUGCAGCCGGCGGCGCUGGUGGCCGCGCACCAGCCGCUGUCGCUGAGCCGGACGACGGCCACCAUCGCGCCCAUCCUGAGCGUGCCGCUGUCCGGACAGUUCCUGCAGCCCGCCGCCUCGGCCGCCGCCGCCGCCGUCCAAGCCAAGUGGCCCGCGCAAUAG